AUGCCCUCCUCCAUCGCCUCCGUCCCCAUUGUCAUGUCAUCUUCCAGCUUCGUUUGCAAUGCAUUGCGUGGCCGCUCCGUUGUUGUACCAUUGAUCGGGUGCCCGGAUUACGGCGAGCAGGUGAGGUUCUACCGGUCUAGCACCGAUGAGCACGAUGGAUGGACCUUCUACAAGUGUGUCAACCAUACUGUCACUUGUGAUUUUUGGCGCUGGGAGCUUGAAUAUGUGGUGCAUCUGGUUGAAACAAGGCAUCUGGUUGGUGAUGCUGCUGUAGAUGCAAUUGGUGCAGCUGAGGACAGGAGGGAAGAGCUUGAGAGGCAGAGGACUGAAUCAAUGGCAGGCAGAAGCACUGUUGUAAGGGGCAUGGCUAGAAGAGGCAUGGCUGGAAGGGGCACUCUAGGCAGAACUAAUUAUGCCAGCUCCACUAAGAAUAAGUAUGCUACCAAGCGGCAAGUUGCUAUGCUGUUUGGAUUAGGCAGAGAGAACCACCACCACCACCACCAGAUCCCCUUCUUCUUCCUCAUAUUUCAUCUUCAAUUUCAUGCACCACCAGAUCCCUUCUCUCCUCUGUCCAAUAGCACCACUAGAUCCCCUUCUCAUCUUCAUCCAGCAGUAACCAUGGUGUCCUGGGAUGAUCUUCCUAGUUCUUCUGAAGAUGACUAUGUGACCAGCAAGCCACCUACCACAAUUUCCUGUGAGGAAUGGAUUGGCUUGGCUACAGACCUGCCUAGCUUUAGAUGUGGGCAUGGAUCUUUGUGUGAGAAGCAUGUGGCAUUUGAAUCUGUUGAUAGUGGCAGAAGGUUUCUAGCUUGUGCACGGAAGGUUCUUGAAGAGAAGAAGAAGAUGGAGAAUGAGUUGAGGCAUUUCAAGCUUGAUUUUGCUAAGAUGGUGGCUGGGAAGGAGCAGACAAUGAGUCAAUUAGGCAGCACACAACUUGCUCUGACGGGCCUGUCGGUUAAAGCAGAGAAACAGAGGGACCAAGCAGUGCAGGAGAGGGGCCAAGUGAUUCAAGAGAGGGAUGAUUUGAAGCAUGAGAAAAGGAAGCUUGAGUACAUGACUGGUGACCUAUUCAAACACAAAGAGGCCACUAAGGAGAAGAUAAGGAAGUUGAAGGGCAUGCUGAAUGAAUUUGAUUGA